AAAUUUUAAUAUAUAUUCAAUUAAGCUUUCCUUCUAAAUUUCAUUCGUUCCUUCCAAUUUCUCUCAGAUCUUCAUCUUCCUCUUGAAUGGUAGAAACCCUUUUCCUCUUCGAAUUCAUGCGCUCCCUUUCUCCAUCAACAAGGGCAAGCGCUUUCUCCUUCGCUUCUUGCAUGCAAGGUUGGCAUUAUCGCUGCCUCGGCCUCGAUCCCUAAUUCACCAAACCCUAAUUUCAAUUACAUUUUUCCAUAUUCUUUCGUUUUUUCUUCAAAUUCUUUACCAAAUUCAACGUUCCAUUGCCUCAAUUUCACGUUUAUAGCUUCUCAGUAAUCGAUUGAUAAUACGAACACGAUGUUGAUGAACAAGCAGAAGAAGACUCAGAUCACGAACAACAACAAGAGAAGGUUGUUGAUUAGCAUCAAUGUGAUGGGAAGUGCUGGACCAAUUCGAUUUGUUGUCAAUGAAGAGGAGCUUGUUGCGGCGGUUAUUGAAACUACGCUAAAGUCUUAUGCACGUGAAGGUCGAUUACCUGUUUUGGGGAGUGAUAACAACGCUUUCUGUCUUUAUUGUCCUCUUCUUGGAUCUGCUGUUUUGAGUCCAUGGGAUAAAAUUGGAUCACAUGGAGCUCGGAAUUUUGUGCUAUGCAAGAAUCCACAAGCUACAAAUGAGGCAGCUGAUGGUGGAAGUGGGACUACAUCACUUUCACGCAGGGGAAGUGGUAGUUGGAGGGCUUGGUUCAACAAAUCCCUCAACCUGAAAGUUUCUUCCCAUUAAUCAAUCAAAUUGAGAUUGUUGGGUGUCAAACAUUUGCUUCAAUGUUCUAUAUAUUUGAUUUGGAUACAUUCUAUGAUCCGUCUUGGUUGCGUUUGUUUCUAGGUUGUGUCUGUUUGCGGUAGCCAGAGACACAACAGCUUUGAAUUCUGUCCUGAAUAAAGUAUUUCCAAUGUAUUUGGUGAUGCACAGUUUUUGAUGAAAUACAAUUGAUGUUUUGCAUUUUGCUAACUUUUGGUUUGAAACUUCAUUAUUGUC